AUGUAUCACCAAGCCCAAGUGCCGGCACCCAUCGAGCCGGAUUCCAACUCUGACGACGAGUCGUUGUUUCUUGAAUCAUAUGAGAACGGUCGCAGGUACCAUUCAUAUCACGAAGGAGAAUAUGUUUUGCCCAACGAUGAGAGGGAGCAAGAUCGGCUCGAUCUGACGCAUCACAUUUACAAUUUACUGUUGAAGGGAGAACUAAUCCGAGCCCCGGUUACAAGCCCCCAAAGGGUAUUAGAUCUCGGUACAGGUACGGGCAUAUGGGCGAUGGACUUUGCGGAGGUGCCACCGAAUUGUCGGUUCGAAGUUGAUGACUUCGAACAAUCAUGGUCACAUCACCAGCCUUUCGACUUCAUCCACGGUCGUGAACUGGAAGGCUUCAUUCGCGAUCAUAACCGAUUUUUCGAACAAGUGCUAGAUAAUCUCAAUCCCAACGGGUGGCUUGAAAUGGCAACCUUCGAAACAACAACCUAUUCAGAUGAUGGCACGCACCUUAAAGCAACCAACCUUCUGCAUGCCAUCAAGAAGCUCCAUGAAUCUUCCAAGCUCUUCGGCAAAGACAUGGCGUCCUCACCGGCGUGGAAGUCGCGCAUGGAGGAAGCCGGAUUCGUGAAUGUGACGGAGGAAGUCUACGUGCUACCUCAAAGCCCAUGGCCGAAAGACCCCAAGCUCAAGGAAUUGGGUCGGUACCACCAGCUGAACAUGAUGGAAGCCGUUCCCCCCUACCUAUACGCGUUGUUCACAAGGAUGCUCCGCUGGUCCCGUGUUGAGAUUGAGGCGCUGUUAGCCGGAAUCCGGAAAGAGCUGCGAAAUACAUCUUAUCAUUUGUACACCAAGGUACGAGUUGUGUAUGGUCAGAAAUCCGGGUGA